AUGGCAUUGUCGACCACCGUUAGAAGAGCAGCACUCGUCGCCGCGGUGCUUGUUGCACUAUUCCUCCUUCUACGGAUUUCCUCCCCAUCAUCGCCAAACCCUCUUUCGGUACAGUCAACGUCAGCGCAAACGGAGCAACCGUCGAGACCAUAUCCUCCUCCAAAAUCCCCGAACAAGCCUCAGCCAGGCCAGAAGACGGUGCAAGAUAUUGCCUCCAGACCGUUGCGGGAAAGAUUACGAUACCAUUUCCCAUACGACAUUGAGGCCAAGUUCCCCGCCUACAUAUGGCAGACAUGGAAGACAGCUCCAGGUUCAGGCAAGUUUGAAGAAAGAUUGAGACCAUUCGAGGCAUCGUGGUCAUCAUUACACCCUGGAUUUGUGCAUGAAGUCAUUACCGACGACGCUGCGGCACAUCUCAUCAGUUAUCUGUAUGCCUCGGUGCCGGAGGUGGUGCAGGCAUAUGAAGCCAUGCCUCUCCCGGUCCUCAAGGCGGAUUUCUUCCGUUACUUGAUCCUACUCGCUCGUGGAGGCAUCUACAGUGAUAUCGACACACAAGCUUUACAAUCAGCCACCGACUGGCUGCCGCAAACCCUUGACAAGUCUACUGUGGGCCUGGUGAUCGGAAUCGAGGCCGACCCAGAUAGAGCAGACUGGGACGAGUGGUAUGCCAGGCGAAUACAAUUUUGCCAAUGGACAAUCCAGUCCAAACCUGGUCAUCCUAUCCUGAGAGACAUUGUAGCCACCAUCACGGAUGACACACUGGAGAUGGAAAAGGCCGGUAAACUGCACAAGGGCAAGCAAGUGACGAAGAGUAUCAUGGAAUUUACGGGUCCCGGCGUGUGGACAGAUACCAUCUUCUCUUACUUCAAUAACAAAGAGUACUUUGAUUUCAGCUCGCGAAAUACCAACGUCACUUACUCGGACUUCUUUGGCAUCACGGAGCACAAAAAGAUUGGCGACGUCGUUGUGUUGCCAAUCACCAGUUUCAGCCCUGGGGUUGGGCAAAUGGGGGCUGAAGGGACUGAACAUCGCAUGGCCUUCGUGAAACAUGAAUUUGAUGGAUCCUGGAAGCCUGAAAACGAGCGAAUGAAAGGGGAAUGA